AUGAUUGACGAGAUAGAUCUUGUAUCUGACGACGAGGAAGAGGCAGAUGACGAUAUUGACAUAAACUGUCCGGUUAUCAGGCUCUCCAGGGAAGAAAAGGUAAGGCUGUGGAGUAAGUUGAAACAAACGUUAAUCGUUAAGGUGAUGGGGAGAAGCAUGGGAUAUGGAUAUCUCCUCAGGAGGCUCACGUCGCUAUGGCGUCCAAAGGCAAGAAUGGAGUUGGUUACAGUGGAUAACAGAUACUUUUUGGUAAAGUUCGCAUCCUUGGAUGAUUUGGAGUUUGCAAAGUACGGAGGGCUUUGGAUGGUGAUGGACCACUACCUCAUUGUUAAAGAAUGGAUCCCGAAUUUUGAUCUAUUCACGGACAAAACAGAAAGCAUGAUAGUGGGAGUUAGUCGUCCGAUCAACAUCGAUACUGCUACUAGUAUGGUUUCAAGAGCCAGCUUUGCGAGAGUUUGUGUUGAGGUAGACAUCACAAAGUCGUUACCUGCCAAGUUCACGUUCAGAAACAAAGUCCGACCUGUUGUGUAUGAGGGGUUGCAUCUUAUUUGCUUCAAAUGCAAGAUGUAUGGCCACAAUGCCGGGGGAUGCCAUCUGAACCCAGACGGAAACGCCUCUACUGAUGCGGCGGCGGGCGGGGAUCACCGGAUGGAGAACGCCCCUGAUGCUGACAACGGUCACAAUGCUGGAAAGGAAAACAAACAACGUGUCUGGAAACUCCCUUAA